AUGUCAUCAAGGUCAUCGUCUAAGGAGUCCCAGCCAUUGCUCCGUGACCAUGAUCAGCAGUCUUCUUAUAACUCUGUGCAGGUCUCAGAGUCCAGCUUGCCGGUUGACCCGCCGCCGCUAAAUCAAGUCUCUCGUGUCGAACUUUUUUGGAUCCUUUCAGGUCUUUGGAGUGCAGUCUUUCUUGGUUCUUUGGAUGGUACAAUUGUGGCAACGCUUCUCUCACCAAUAGGAAGCUACUUCAAUAAAUCUGAACAGUCUUCGUACCUGGGGACAUCAUACUUGCUUUCAGUAUGCUGUUUUACCCCUCUAUACGGCCGACUAUCAGACAUCUUAGGUCGCAAGGGAGCCAUGCUCCUCGGACUAUCUCUAUUUGGAUCGGGUACUAUUGCAUGCGCAUUCGCUCCCUCAAUGGAGGCCUUGAUUGUUGCGCGCGCCAUCGCAGGAAUGGGCGGCGGAGGAGUAAUGACGGUCAGCAGUAUCGCCAUCAGCGAUCUAGUACCCUUGAAACAGCGUGGCCUAUACCAAGGAAUGACUAACAUUUUGUUUGGUCUGGGCGCUGGCCUCGGCGGUCCAUUUGGAGGAUGGGUGAAUGACACCCUGGGUUGGCGGGCAGCAUUUUUAUUGCAGGCGCCGUUGUUGUUUGCAUCUUUUACUUUGGUCGCACUCAAGGUCAACAUAAAGUUACCCGACGAGAUUGAGACCCAAAGCACAUAUUCCAAAUUGCAGCGCAUUGAUUUCAUGGGAUCAUUCACGUUAGUUGGUGCGGUCGCCGGAUUAUUGCUCGGCUUCAGUCUUAAGACUACUGAGGAGCUUCCGUGGUCACACCCCCUAAUAUUGGGGCUUUUCUGUGCCAGCGCGGUUUUCUGGGUCUCCUUCAUUUUAGUGGAGGCUUACUGGGCGCCGUACCCUGUAAUGCCCCUGCGCUUAAUUACGCAACGCACCCCAUUAGCGAUAUCUCUGGCCAACUUUUUAGCUUCUAUGACUGCUUUCUCGACGAUAUACAAUGUCCCUUUGUAUUUCUCAGCCGUUAGGCUCAACUCAUCCACGAAUGCCGGUUUACAUUUGCUUCCUCAUUCUAUUGCUCUAUCCACAGGCAGUAUGAUCGCAGGCUGGAUGAUGCGGCGAACAGGCAAACUGUAUCACUUGACGUUAGCCUCUGUUGGCUUGACCAUUAUCGCCAGUAUUUGUCUCGCUCUGUGGGAUGAUAAUACAUCACAAUACCAUCUAUGGUUAGAUAUUGUCCCACAGGGUUUUGGAAUGGCCAGCUUGAUCACUACUACGCUAAUUGCAAUGAUCGCAGGCGUUUACAAGGAAGACAUGGCGGUUGCAACGGGUAUCACAUAUCUUUUCCGAACAACUGGACAAGUUCUCGGUGUUAGUUUAUCAGGGGCUGUGCUCCAGAGCGUUCUGCUCAGAAAAUUGCGCCAGCGAAUUACUGGAGCUGGUUCAUUAGAGGUAAGCGGCGUUGGUGUGCACAUAUACCAUGCUGUGUUCAGACACUCGAUAAGCUCGAUCCCUAACCUUGCGCCUGCAUACAGAACAGUUGCAGUCGAGUCGUACGCCGAUGCACUCCAUGUUGUUUUCAUCUGUCAUAUUGCGAUCAAUAUUCUCGUUUUCAUUGCAUGCGUGCCCAUCGAGGAGCACCCCCUGCCAGGAACACUUCAGGAGCAAGAAGAACAUUAUAGGAACCAACAACUUGCGCCAAAUGACACUGCUUCAGCAGUGGACUCACCUUAG